AAGAUUCUUCCUCUCUUUGAUGCCUACGCCGCAAUGCUUAGGGGAAGAGCGAUUCUCUCUUCCCCUUUCCCCUUCCUCUCUUCCCUUUUCUUCUCCGCCUCUGCCUCCUCCGCCUCGUAUUCUUUUUGCAAAAGAAAACCCCCUUAUCAUCCUUCUCUAAAACCCCCAGUAGCCAAGAAGAUUCCCUUCACUUGCUCCGCCCAUGGAAGAACCUGGGAGGACCCCUAUCGUUGGAUGUCCGACACCGGCGACCCGGAUUUGGUGGAUUAUCUUGGACGGGAGAACGCCUAUGCCGAUUCCUUCAUGACCGACACCUUUGACCUCCGCCGAAGGCUGGUUGGCGAGAUGAAGUCCCGGAUGCCGGACAAGGUCUCAACUCCGCCAGAGCAUUGGGGACCCUGGUCGUACUAUCAAUAUAUUCCAGAAGGGAGGGAGUAUCCAGUCCUGUGCCGGAGGCUGAGGCAUCCUGAUGGCUAUGCAAAAGCACUUUUGGAUUAUAUGAGAGGCUGUCACAGGGAGGAAAUUUUGCUUGACUGGAAUGAAAUUGCAGAACAAUUUGGUUAUGUUCACAUAGGAACUUGUCGCAUUUCUCUGGAUCACAAGUUCCUUGCAUACACAUUGGACAUUUCAGGCAAUGAAUCUUUUACACUUCAAGUUAAGGAUCUUCACUCUGGACAUGUCAUACCAAAUUCAAAAGUGGAGGGAGUUGUUAGCUUGGCAUGGGCUGGUGACAGCAGCUGUUUACUGUAUACCGUUUGUGAUGCAACUCAGCGACCUUAUAGGGUAUUCUCCAUGGAGCUGGGUUCAGGUUUGGAAGAUCAUCUGCUAUUUACAGAAAAAGAUAUGAGUUGCUGUGUGGAUAUUACAAGCACAAAAGAUGGCAAGUUUAUCACUAUAAACUCUAACUCAAGGACAUCAUCCGAGGUUUAUGUAAUAGACACUGAGAACAUGAAAGAUGGAUUAUGGUUAGUUCGAGAACGAGUGGCUGGUGUCCAGUACUUUUUGGAACAUCAUUAUGGUUUCUUCUACAUUCUUACUAAUGCUUCUUUAGAAAGCACCAGUUCAGCUGCUGAAGGUUAUUAUUUAGCUAGAUGCAUAGCAGAAAAGUCACUGACAGCUGAAUGGCAGGUUAUUGUUCUUCCAGGACAAGAUAUUUCGUUUCAAGAUAUGGAUAUUUUUCACAGACAUCUGGUUCUCUCUAUUCAGCAGAAGGGGCUUCCUUUAUUUUGUUCCAUAGAUAUCCCAAUGAGUGUUAAUUCUGAGCAACCAAUGGAACUUGAGAACCUCAAUCCAUGGUUUUUCCCGGUGCCUUCAUGUCUUUGCAGCAUUGUGGCUGGCUCCAACCACGAUUUCAUGUCUUCCAUCUACCGUGUUGUGAUAUCAUCACCAGUGAUGCCUGAUAUCAUAGCUGACUAUGAUAUGGGAAAACGAGCGUUUACCAUUCUGCAUCAAGAAGAAGUAGUAGGUUUGACUGAAAAGGGUGAAUCAGAUUCCUAUGGUGUGGCUUUUCCAUUUAAUUUUACAAUCACUAACUCGAAGAAAGAUGAGUCUUUGGAGGAUGGGCAGCAGCAGUCAUGGACUGAUCUUUCUGAAGCAUUUUCCUGUGAGAGGAUUGAAGUUGUUUCACAUGAUGGUUUCAUGGUACCGUUAACCAUUGUGUGCUCUCAGAAAGCAAAACAUACCAAUCAAUCACCAGGACUCUUGCAUGGAUAUGGAGCUUAUGGGGAGGUAUUAGACAAAAGCUGGUGCUCUGAUCACAUUAGCUUGCUCUCACGGGGUUGGGUUCUUGCAUAUGCUGAUGUGAGGGGUGGAGGGGGCGAAGGUUCAUUGCAUCAGUCUGGAACUCAGGCAUGCAAAAUGAACUCAAUUUAUGAUUUUACCGCAUGUGGCAUGUACCUUGUCAAUGAGGGCUUUGUUCAUAAGAAUAAGCUUGCUGCUAUUGGUUGCAGUGCAGGAGGUCUUCUUGUUGCUGCAGCUAUCAAUAUCUAUCAGAGUUUGUUCUCUGCUGUCAUUUUGAAGGUCCCCUUUCUGGAUAUUUGCAACACAAUGUUGAAUCCUUGUUUACCUCUGACCAUUUUGGACUAUGAUGAGUUUGGUGAUCCUCGAAACCAAGCUGACUUUGAGAUAAUUCACCAUUAUUCUCCAUAUGACAAUAUAACUCAGGGUUGUUAUCCUUCUGUCCUUGUUACAGCAUCAUUUGAUGACUCAAGAGUUGGAGUCUGGGAAGCUGCUAAAUGGGUGGCACAAGUGAGGGAGAAGACAUGCCCUACCUGUUCGCAGUCAGUGAUUCUGAAGACAAAUAUGAGUGGUGGGCACUUUGGUGAGGGUGGCCGCUACAUACACUGUGAAGAUGUGGCUUUCGAGUAUGCAUUUUUGAUUAAAGCUAUGGGGAUGCUUGAUGAUGAGAAGCAAUCUCAUGUUCUCUAGUUUGUCAUCAAAGUACACUGAUCAAGUUAGUUGAAAACAACUUGUUAUAUGAUUGUUUUCAUCUCAAAGAAGUUGUAGCUCUUCUAGAACACUGGCAACUAAUAUUUGCUCCGCCAGACUCACCAAGCGAGGACAGCAAUUAAGAUUUUACAUUUUUCUCAACAUAUUAAGUUUGUAGGCAUGACCGUCGUCAUCAUCCAUGCUGCAGCGAAACAUUUUGAACUUUGGAAGAGCUGUCAGUUGCUGUACAUUUGUACCAUCAGCUGUUAUAUCUAAAUGAGAUUUUGGCCAUAGGCCACA